AUGCGAUGGGAAUUUAAACCGGUGCAAGAUGAGAUUUAUCUCGUAACCCAACUGACCGACCUAUUGUUGGGAUUUCAAGUUAUAACCUCGUACCAUUUCAGGCGGCUUAUUAUUUCAACAAGAUCCAAUGUUUUUUGUUUCGAAGAGCAAAUUUUGAAUCCAGGAGAACAGGUGGAUUUGCCCGUAUUUUUCUACAUCGACCCCGAUUAUGCAAACGAUCCGAAUUUGGAAUUUCUAGAUAGUAUACUUCUAUCUUACACAUUUUUUGAGGCAAAGUCUGGCCUUAAACUACCAUCUCCAUUUGAACCAAAGCCUGAAGCUACAAAUGUGAAA